AUGUUUUCAAAUAAUAUUUUUCUACAAGAUAUUAUAUGUCCACAUAUUCGAAAAAAAAAUAAAUGCGAUAUAUUAUUAUGUCCUUUUGGUCACUCUUAUUUUGAACCCCAAUAUCAAAACGCAAAAAAACAAAAACUAUCACAUGGAUCUACUACUUCUAAUGCAUUAUUACAAAACAAUAGUAUAAACAUAAACAUAACAAAUUCACAUAAUAACAAUUUUUAUAAUAAAACACUACAUCAUAAAAAAAGAGAAAUUAAUGAUAAUUUCAUAUAUACCGAUCAAUUAAAUAAUCUAGAAGAAAAUGUCAAAAAUAACAUUUCACAAAAUAAAUUAGAAAUAGAUAAUAUAGGUCCAAAAUUUAUACCUACACUUCAUAUACCUCAUGAAACUCGUGUCCAUUUCUUUAAACUUAUAGAACAGGAAUUUCUAAGAAUAUAUUCAGAUGUUAAUGAAAAUAAAAUUUUAGCACAAAAUACAUCAUUAGAAAAGGAACUUGAAAUUCUAAAUUCAACUUAUCAAAAUAAAUCCAUUUAUAUCAAUUCAUGCAAAAAUUUUAUAAUUUCUUUGAAAAAGACAGAUAUCAAAAAAACAAAAGAAAUACCAGAUAAUAUGUUUCUAAAUUUUAAACAUAUGAAUAUAUCACUAUCAGAUCUUGAAAAAUAUCUAUUAAAUGAUGCCCAACUUCAAUCAGCAGGAUAUAUUUUAGAGAUACCUAUACCUAAAACACAGACAACUGAUAUUUUUUUUCAUUGCGAUAGGUGUAACAUGCCAUUUUCAAUCGAAAAAAAUUAUACAAAAUGCAAUUACCAUUGGGGAAAAUUAAUCAAAACUAGCUAUGAACAAAAUAAAAUAUAUUCAUGUUGUUAUGAGAAUAAUACAGAUUCAAAAGGAUGCAUAACAUCACCUCAUCAUGUCUUCAAAAUUACAUCACCAUCAAAACUAUCAGCACAAAUACAAUUUGUUGAAUCUCAAGCACCUAUACAAUCAUCGUUUUUGACUGCAGCAGUUCUUGACUGUGAAAUGAUUUAUACUACAGGAGGAAUGGAAUUAGCUAGAGUUACUAUUUAUGAUAUUAACGAAAAUCUGCUACUUGAUAAACUAAUUAAGCCAAAAAACGAAGUUUUAGACUUAAAUACUCGUUGGAGUGGCAUUAAAUCGUUAAACAAUGCAAAAAUAACAUUAUCUGAAUUACAUAAUAUCAUUUUUAUAGAAUUGAAAUUAUGCAAUUCAACUAUAUUAAUAGGACAUGGUCUAGAAAAUGAUUUAAUAGCUAUAAGACUUAUUCAUAAACGUAUAAUAGAUACAGCAUUAUUAUUUCAGCAUAAAAAAGGAUUACAACACAAAUGCUCAUUAAAAUAUCUUGCAAAAAAGUAUCUUAAACGAGAAAUACAAACAAAUGUUAUAGAUGGACAUGAUAGUAAAGAAGAUGCUAAAGCAACAUUAGAUCUUCUCCGAUAUAAAAUCUAUCAUGAUAACCUAAAGAAUUAA